AUGGCUACGACCGUCAUCAACCCUCCUCGGGAUCCCAACACCCUCAGCAAUUAUAACAGCUGGGUUUCCACCCAUAUCACUGCUAAUUUUGAUGUUCUUUUCGACCAGAAGAAGCUUGCUGGUAAUGUUGUUCAUCGGUUCAAGUCCAUUACAAACAGCGAGUCGCAAGAUAUCAUUCUCGACACAAACUAUUUGGAUAUUGUCCAUGUGAAAGUCGAUGGCAAACCAUCCCCAUGGGAGCUUCUCCCUCCUUUGGAACCGUACGGCACGGCAUUAAAAAUUAAGCUUGAACAGGGUGUAAAGCUUAACCAAUUCGUCGAGGUUGAUAUAUCCGUCAAAACCACUGAGAAAUGUACGGCUCUACAAUGGUUGACGCCUGCUCAAACUUCCAAUAAUAAACAUCCAUAUAUGUUUUCCCAGUGCCAGGCCAUCCAUGCCCGGUCCAUAUUUCCUUGUCAAGAUACACCUGAUGUUAAGAGUACUCUUGACUUUAACAUCACGUCUCCUCUUCCUGUGAUUGCCAGUGGCUUGCCAAUCAGAGACUCAGCACAGAGUCCUCAGUCCGACGGAAAGACUCUAUACCAAUUUCACCAGAAGGUGCCGAUUCCAAGCUAUUUAUUCGCUUUGGCUAGUGGGGAUAUCUCGGAAGCUGCAAUUGGACCUCGUAGUGUUGUUGCAACUAGUCCCGACAAGCUUGAAGAAUGCAGGUGGGAGCUUGAAGCAGACACGGAGAAAUUUAUCAAUGCUAUUGAGAAAAUUGUUUAUUCUUAUGCAUGGGGCGAGUAUAAUGUGCUGAUUCUUCCUCCGAGUUUCCCAUAUGGAGGCAUGGAGAACCCAAUCUUCACCUUCGCGACACCAAGCAUUAUCUCAAAGGAUCGAGAGAAUGUCGAUGUUAUUGCGCAUGAACUCGCUCAUAGCUGGAGUGGUAAUUUGGUCACCAACGCCUCGUGGGAGCAUUUCUGGUUGAAUGAAGGCUGGACUACGUAUCUUGAGCGACGGGUCAUCCAUAGUCACGGCGAAGCCUACCGUCACUUUUCGGCAAUUAUAGGUUGGAAGGCCCUUUCGGAUUCCGUGGAGCAUUUUGGCCUCGACCAUGAGUUUACUAAACUCAUCACCAAUCUCAAGGGGAAGGACCCGGACGAUGCAUUCUCAAGUGUGCCUUAUGAAAAGGGCUUCAACUUUCUGUUCCACUUGGAAACACUUGUGGGAAAGGAAAAGUUUGACAAGUUUAUCCCUCAUUAUUUUACCACAUUCAAAGGAAAGUCUCUUGACUCCUACGAGUUCAAAGCCUCAAUCUUGAGCUUCUUCGAGUUUGACCCAGAAGCCUCUAAGCUAUUGAAUGAUCUUGAUUGGGAGACUUGGUUUUAUGGGCCUGGGUUACCCCCCAAGCCACAGUUUGACACAUCGCUCGUUGACAUUGUCUAUGAACUUUCCAAUAAAUGGCAGUCUCUUCCAGAUUCCAACUUUAAACCUCAGUCGAGCGAUGUGCAAGACUUGACAGCGAACCAAACCGUGGUGUUUCUAGAACAAAUCCUUCUCUUUGAGCGCCCUCUUACACCCGAGCUGUCGAGACUUAUGGGCGAGGUUUACGGCUUCACGAGAAGCGAAAACAUUGAAGUCGCCAAUUUAUAUUUCCAAGUUGGUCUAAAGGCUGGCGAUGAGAGUGUUCAAGGGCCGACUGCGAGCCUAUUGGGUAAGAUUGGAAGAAUGAAAUUCGUGCGUCCUUUGUAUCGGAGUCUACAGAAGGUCGAUCCCACACUCGCGGUUGAGACUUUCCAGAAGUACAAGGAUUUCUAUCACCCUAUCUGUCGCGCCAUGGUCGAGAAAGAUCUCUUUGGAAAGAAGGAUCAAUGA